AGCUUAUUAAAUCUUCAAAAAGUGAAGAAGAAAAUGCAACUCAGUUCUCUUCAUUUCUCCUUGUUUCUUUUCUUCUCGUUGGUUUCGUUUAACGUCGCUGGUGCUGGUGGUUCCGGUGGCCGGAAAACGCUGACGACCUCCAUGGAGGGCUCUAAUGCUCCGAGUGGUGCUACUGGUUCUGCCCAUGGUCCUAACUGGGACUACAGCUGGGGAUGGGGUUCGAGCCCCGGGAGUGGAUGGGGCUACGGUGCGGGCUCGGGUAGGUCACCCAAUGGGUUCGGGAGGGGUUAUGGGUUUUGGUUUGGGUCCGGGACUGGGUCUGGGUAUGGAUAUGGGUUUGGAAGUGGUGGUGCUCAUGGCGGCGGCCACGGUUCUGGAAGUGGACAAGGGAACUCUGGGGGCGGCGGCUACGGUGGAGGAAGUGGUGGUUCGAGUGAGAACUGGAAUGGAAACCGUUGGCCGUCUGUUGACAGAAACCACCAUGGUUAAUUGAUCCAAAUUCUUAGGCUUCGCUUGUGAGGAGACUGCGCUUGGUAUGUAAUAUGUAAAAUAGAAGGUGUGUAAAAUUAUAUAUAUAAUUAGGUCGUCUCUAACCUUCAUUUCUACUC